AUGGAGUACGGGAAGCUUACUCCCAUCAUGCCCUUCUACGAAUCGUUCGAGGGUCUCAGCGGCAAUAUCUUCGAUAUCCGCCUCAAGUCGUACUUACCUGAAGACUAUUCAGUGGGCAAAGGCGAUACAUUCCACGUCCACGGUGGCAUACGGACGAUGGAGUUCAAGGUUAUCGAGACCUUACUCCCAUCAUGCCGUUCUACGAAUCGUUCGAGGGUCUCAGCGGCAAUAUCUUCGAUAUCCGCCUCAAGUCGUACUUACUUGAAGGUCUGCCCUCACCCAUGGGGUUCUUAA